CUCACGAUGGACCUAACACUGUUAAGAACGUAUUUGAUACUUGGAGGACAAGCCUUGAUACCGAUAAUUAUAGGCUCAUUUCAAUCCCUAAAGACACCAGAGACGACUCUUGCCAGACGAAGAAAGACCGCCAAAUCACUAGGAGAAGAACCAGAAGAUGAACCGUUCGAUGAGGUACUAUCAUGGGCUGAUUCACUUCUCUUCCCUGUACUGGGAAGUGGGGCGUUGUUGAGUUUAUAUUUGAUCAUACGGUAUUUCGGAACGGAAUGGUUGAACAUGGCUUUGGGGAUAUACUUUUCGCUGGCUGGAAUGUGGGCAGUUCAUUCGACAUUCAGCUCCAUAACUGAAUAUACUUUUCGCAUUCUUGGUCAUAAAUCUCAGAUUUAUCAUAUCCGUGUUUCUGCCGGUCUUAAACAAAUCUUCCAUCUUCCCAUUUCUGGUCCAUCUCUAUUAUUCAUCCCCAUCUCCAUCAUCCUCUCAGCGUUAUAUAUUCCAUUAGGUAGACCAUAUUGGUUAUCCAACAUCUUAGCUUUAUGUCUCUCAUCUUCAACUUUGGCAGUACUGAAAUUGGAUUCUUUUCUUACUGCUUUCGUCCUUCUGGGGGUAUUAUUAUUGUAUGAUAUCUUCUGGGUCUUCGCUACGCCCGUAAUGGUAACAGUUGCAAAAUCCAUUGAUGCACCAAUCAAAAUACUUUCCCCUCGUCCAUCUUCCUCUUCCUCUGCCGAAUUCGCAAUGCUGGGUCUUGGAGAUAUAGUAGUUCCAGGUCUGGUCAUCGCCCUGUGUCUACGAUACGAUCUCAACAGAUACGCUUCUUCUCGUCCUACGGAAGAUGUAGACGUAAGAUCUCGAUUCGGGAAGAGUUAUUUUUACAUGGGUGUAGGGAGUUAUGUGGUUGGAUUAGCAAUUACAAUUUGGGUUAUGCAAAUGAGUGGGAAAGCUCAACCGGCUUUGUUAUAUCUUAGUCCAGCGUGUAGUCUUGGGCCGAUAUUCCUCUCUCUGAUCAGAGGAGAGUUCAAAACAUUAUGGUCUUACACCGAGAUCACCGAACCUAAACCAGACGAUGACAAUAUCGAUUCAACUUCAAAGACAAUCGAAUCCUCAAAAUCAAAUGUUGACGUCCCAGAACAGUCCAAGGGAGAAACGACAGAAACGGAAACUUUGACAACACCUAUUGUGUCAAAGGAAGAAGUAGAGGAUGAUAGUUGGAUGGAAGUCUCUACUCCCGAUACACGAAGUAAGAAGAAGAGCAAGGGAAAGAAAAAAUGAUCAACGUAACUAUCACAUAUGCAUCGGUCUUUGAAAUCA